CGGAUCUAGGGUUUCGACUUUUAUUUUGAAAUGUAAUGCGCCUUAUAUCCGGUCCUGCUCUCGAAAGCGCAACCUUCUGGAUCAGGUUUGUUUAAACUGCUAUCUUCUCGACUUUGUGAGACAGUCAAGAUGUACAAGUUGAACAUUGGUGAGGUGUUAAGUCAGUAAAUUACAAGAAAUGUUUACAGUCAAGCUGACUUAUCACUGAGAAUGAGUUUAUUCAGGGUUGCCUUUCAGCACAGGAGGUUGUUACCUGUGAGGAUCUGGACCACGUGUCCAUCAGUGGACUCUCGGUGUGUCUGUUACCAUGACGACAAGAUGGGCACCAACAGAAGUGCCAAUUUGCGCGCCAAAGGCCAUCAUGGAGGACAGCAGCGCAAGCAGAAGCUAUCUUCUGAGCUGCACAAGCUGUCUCUGGAGGACUCUUCUCCUGAGAGAGCCAGAAGACCAAAGUCUCGGGCGGACUCGGAAGACGACGCUGAAGUUGUCUUUGGCGUCGCUCCUUGUCUCCUGGCUCUCACUCAGGGCCGCAGGAAGGCCCUUGGACUCUUUGUGAAGGACGGCGUGGGCCCUGAGCGCGCUUCCUUAUUGAAGGUGUGCGAGGAGGCGCGUCGGCGUGGAGUCCCGGUCCAGCGUGUCGGCAAGACGGCGUUAAACAAGAUGUCUUCCGGUGGCGUCCAUCAAGGAGUUUGUCUGCAAGCUUCUCCACUCAGCUACCUGACCGAAGACCGGGCCCCCGACGCCAAGUCCAAACCUCUCUGGCUGGUCCUGGACAGGAUUCAAGACCCCAUGAACCUGGGCGCCAUCUUGCGCUCGGCGUACUUCCUGGGCGUGGACCGAGUGGCGAGCAGUCUUCGCCACAGCUGCCCUUUAACCCCCGUGGUCAGCAAGGCCAGCGCGGGCGUGAUGGAGGUGAUGGGCGUGCACGGCUACGAAGACCUGGAGGACAUGGUCCGGGGCAAGGCGGCGCAGGGUUGGCGGGUGGUGGGCACGGUGGCGGCGGACGCGGCGGAGGCGCACGUUCCCGUCACGCCGUGUUCCCGCUUCCUGAUGAACGAGCCCACGCUGCUGCUAAUUGGAGGAGAAGGCGAAGGACUGUCCCAACAGAUGAUCGCUUUGUGCCAAACGCUGGUGACAAUUCCAGCGGGGAGAGAGCUGGCACCUGGCGUGGAGUCGCUCAACGUGUCCGUCGCCACCGCCAUCCUGCUGCACUCGCUGCUGACCCGGACCCAGGAGCGCUCCACUUGUUGAAUAAAGUCCUCUUUUUACCCUCA